GCUCCAGUUUGGACCUUCCCUCGCCUCAAGUCAAGGAGACAGCCGCGGGCACCCGGGCUUUGUAAUUUGGCGGCCCCCCGCUGCUUCCAUGCUCUCUAUCAGCACCACACACUGAUCCGGGAACAGCAGAUCCUCUCUCCCCGAGCAGCACCGCUUCAACGUGGUGCGCCCCAGACGCGCACUCUCCAGUUCAGGAUGGACUCGUCUCCUUCUCUUCACCUUUACCACUGACUGUGACGCUGCUGUAGUUUGGUGGGAGUUCCUGGGGAAGGAGCUGGAACGGAUCCUCUGUCUGCUGUUUCGCCUUUUCACUGAUUUUAAUUUUGAUUGAACUGCCACUGUAUACUCAUCUCCGGGCUCCGAAAUGGGAAUGUAUAUUCAUCUGCUGCUUUUGCAGUACUAUUUCGUCUCGAGUUUCGUGUGCAACGCAGUCGCUUUCGUGGAGGAGCCCUCCGGAGGCAGGUUGGACGGGUACUGCGGGCGGAUUCUCCGGGCGCAGACCCAGGGGACCCGGAAGGAUGGGCACCAUGAGUUCAGGCUCAGAGUGGAGGGGGACCCGGAAAGCUACCAGCCCGGCAGCACCUACAGAGUGGUCCUCCUGGCAACCAGCCCUUCUUAUUUCAGAGGUUUCACCCUCAUCGCGCUGAAGGAGGGCAGAGAGGGCACCAGAGACGACGACUACACCGGCCAGUUCCAGAUCAUUGAUGAGGAUGACACACAGUUCAUGACCAACUGUGCCCCUGCAGUGACGGAGAGCACCCCUCGCCGACGCACCAGGAUACAGGUCUUCUGGACAGCGCCACCUACUGGGACUGGAUGUGUUAUACUGAAGGCCAGUAUUGUCCAGAAGAGAAUCAUUUAUUUCCAGGAUGAAGGCUCUCUCACCAUUCGACUGUGUGAGAAAGAGCGUGUGUUCGGUGAAGCCACAGAAGCUCCUGCCAUGGAGUGCUGCGCCUGUGGAACAGCCAAGUACAGACUCACCUUCUACGGCAACUGGUCAGAGAAAGUACAUCCCAAAGACUACCCGAGACGAGCCAACCACUGGUCGGCUCUGAUUGGUGCGUCUCACUCCAGAGGUUACGUGCUGUGGGAGUACGGAGGCUACGCCAGCGAGGGUGUUCGUCAGGUUGCUGAGUUUGGCUCCCCCAUCAAGAUGGAAGAAGAGAUUCGACAAAAGGGAGAUGAAGUACUGACUGUCAUUAAAACUAAGGCUCAGUGGCCGGCAUGGCAGCCGCUCAACCUGCGAGCAGCUCCAUCAGCAGAGUUUUCUGUGGACCGGACCCGUCACCUGAUGUCCUUCCUCACCAUGCUUGGGCCCAGCCCAGACUGGAAUGUGGGGCUGUCAGGAGAGGACCUCUGUACCAAGGAGUGUGGCUGGGUCCAGAGGCUGGUGACAGACCUCAUUCCCUGGGAUGCAGGCACUGACAGUGGUGUCACAUAUGAGUCACCAAACAAGCCCACUAUUCCUCAGGAGAAGAUCCGGCCCUUGACCAGUUUGGACCACCCCCAGAGCCCGUUUUACGACCCAGAGGGAGGAGCAAUUACCCCUGUAGCCAAGGUGGUGGUGGAACGCAUUGCUAGAAAGGGAGAGCAGUGUAAUGUGGUCCCUGACACCAUAGAUGACAUUGUAGCUGAUAUUGGAAAGGAGGAGAAGGAGGAAGAUGACACACCGGAGACGUGUAUCUACUCAGGCUGGUCUCCCUGGUCGGCGUGUAGCAGCGCUACGUGUGAAAAAGGCCGCAGGAUGAGGCAGAGGAUGCUGAAGGCCCAGCUGGACCUCAGCGUGCCGUGUCCCCACACUCAAGAUUUCCAGCCCUGCAUGGGGCCGGGAUGCAGUAUGGAGGAGCCAUCGACGUGUAUGAUGUCGGAGUGGAUCAGCUGGUCGGCCUGCAGUGUGUCCUGUGGGAUGGGGAUGAGGUCUAGAGAGCGAUAUGUCAAACAGUAUCCUGAGGAUGGCUCGCUCUGCCAGCUCAACACUGAGGAGACAGAGAAGUGCGUCGUCAACGAUGAAUGCUCACCCAGCAGCUGUGUGGUGACUGAGUGGGGUGAGUGGGACCCCUGCAGCGUCACCUGUGGGUUGGGCAUGAGAAGACGUGAGCGCAUGGUGAAGAUGCCUCCUAUAGAUGGAUCGAUGUGUAAGACCGAGGUGGCCGAAGUGGAGAAAUGCAUGAUGCCAGAAUGCCAUACCAUCCCUUGCAUGCUGUCACCCUGGUCUGACUGGAGUGAGUGUAGUGUGACAUGUGGGCGGGGUGUACGAACACGUCAGAGGAUGCUGAAGUCGGAUCCUGCAGAGUGCACCGAGGAGCUGGAGCAGACAGAGAAGUGCAUGCUGCCCGAGUGCCCUGUCGACUGCAUGAUGUCUGAGUGGUCCGAGUGGUCGGUGUGCAACAAGUCCUGCGGUAAAGGGCACACCAUUCGGACCCGUAUGGUCAAACAGGAGCCGCAGUUCGGGGGCAGUGCUUGUCCCGAGACCAUACAGAGGAAGAAAUGCAAGAUCAGGAAGUGCCGGACUAAAACAAAGGAGAGCGGAGGAGGAGGACGAGGUGGUGGAAAAAGUGAGGGGGUACCGGGUAAAAAGGGAAGAGCUGCAGCGGCCGAAGAGCAGCCGGUUUGCAGGAUGCAGCCGUGGACCAGCUGGAUGGAGUGUACCAAACCAUGCGGAGGGGGGAUCCAGGAACGUUUCAUGAUGGUGAAGAAAAGAGCUAAAGCCACUCCGAUUGCGAGUUGUAAGGACCGGAAGGAGAUCCGUGCCUGUAACGUUCGUCCCUGCUAGGGGGCACCACUGAGCUACAGAGGAGGGGAACAGCGGGUUCGAUACACAAGUUGUGAAAAUAUGGGUUUAUUUGAUAAAGAUGAUGAUGGGGAUGAACUUUUUGUGCACAGGGAGGUGAGGUGAGAGUCAGAUGAUGGGUUAGUUUGACACUUUGGAAAAAGGAGAUGAGUUUAGGUAAGUAGAGUGGAAGGGAGAAGAAAGGAGGAAAAAAGCAGAUGAUAAUGUGCUGUUUAGUGAAGCCAUUGUAGGCAUUUAGUUAAACAGGGCUGACUUUUACUUUAGACCACAAUGGAAGUAUUAGAGAGCAAUGUCUGUGUCCUGCAAAAAAAAUCAGCUUUUGAGGAAUUUUAGAAAAAAUAAACUACAGUAGCUUUGCCAUUUUGUGUAUUUUCAGUAGUUUUGGUCCCUGGGGUAUGAAUAGGGUUGGGAUUGGGUUACUGGUAUUUCACUGGAAUUCUUGCCAAAAUCUGCUCCUAUUUUCUGAGAAAAAUACUCACAGGAACCUGGGAUUUUUGGCAUGUGUCUGCUUCAUACUGUAUGUACUGACGCAAAGAUACCUUCUCCAAACAUCAAUAAUGCAAAUGUCAUAGCUAUAGUCCGCCCUGGAAAGGCCAUGAUUGCGGUAGUAUAACUGGAUCAACUUAUUAGUUUUAGCGGUUUCUAACAAUUCUUCUACAUGUUAAAAUGGCAGCAUGCUGUGGUGGGGCAAAAUAUUUUUAGAAUAAGUGUGAAAGAAGCAGAGUAAUCUGUAAAUGAAGACAAAUCAGACGGUUAAACUAUCUUAAUCAGACGUGCAGGAUGGAGGCUCCCAGAGGUGUAGUGGUGUGUCUACACAGGUAUACAUCAUAUAGCCACCUCUGCGCUGGGGGAUUUACCAUAUACCUACAUAAAAGUCACAUACAGAUAUGUACAUCUUGUACAGCAAGACUGCAGGCGAGCAUGUUACAAUCUUUCAUGUCAUCUCUGGUGUUUACGGCACAAAGAGACUUUUGUUCCCUGACUUUAGCCUUUAAGGCAGGUAACAUACAAUAAGUAUUCCCUUAAACAGCAUCAAGCCUGGGGAGAAGCGCUAUUUUAAGGACAAACUCGGAAAACAAAUGUCCAUUCCCUUGUUGUCAUUUCAUAACCCAUGAGCUUCAUGAUAUGAAUGAUUAUAGUUAAAACACUAGUAACUUGCUAAGUGGAAACACACAACUACACAUAUGAAGCAAACACAACAGGGCACAAUAUCAAACAGGUAAAAAUCGUGACAUCGACAACAGUUAGUAGCUACAGGGAGAAGAUCUCCAGAAAGAGAAGAUGAGAUGGACAUAAUGUUAGUUAACGUUACACUGGCAGCCACAGCACCUCAGGGGUGGAGGAAGUGUUCAGAUCUCCAUUACAACUAAAAGUCCUGCAUUGAAAAAGGCACUUAAGUUAAAGUACAGAGGUAUUAGCUAAAUGUACUUAAAGUGUCAAAGUAAAAGGAGCUAAUUUUAACUAUUUUAUAUACUGUUGGUUAGUUUAAUUCAUAACAGAGCAUCAUAUUUUACCAUAUGUUACAGUGUUUCCCUCUGAACUGUAGUAGAGUAGAAGUAUAAAGUAGCAUGGAACUGAAACACAAGUAAAUCAGUCACAAUAUACCUACAAAGACACCACUGCACCACUGGAAGCUCCCUCCCCAAAUCAAAGUGCAGAGCAGCGGUCAGUAGGUGUACUAAGUAAUCAUUUUAAAAUCAUGGACAAACUUUCAACCCUAGCACGGAAUAUUUUAAGUUGGCAACUGUCACCUCACUGAGAAAAAACAUAAACUAAAGUGAAGAUGUAGGAUUUCUUUUUUUGCAAGACAUAGUUGCUCAGACAGGAAGUCUCUAAAGACUUGUGGAUGUACUGUAUAUCUUCUAUCUAACCAACACUUAUUAAUGACACUACUAUGUAAGUACUAAAAACCACUUUCCCUAAUAAACAGAUACAUUUAAAUGGAGAUGUUUUAUACUGUUAAAUUUAGUCUUUAUAUACUGUACUGCUGUUUAUCUGUCGUUUCAGCUGAUGUAGCAUUAAACCUGUGAUAGCUUUCACUCUGUCAGAAGAUCUUAUUUUAGCAUGUGCAAUGAUGAUUAUUUUGGUUAGACAUUACGCUUUCUCUGCCGUAGAUGUUGUCUUAAAACAGAUAGCUAAAUGACUGUAUCUGCCUUUGUUGGUCCUGAAAACACAAACAGACGGAGCCGUAGAAGUGUCAAGUCUUACACAUGUGCUGUGCUGCACUGGUGCAGAGUUCUGGCUCUGUAGGACAGCUCGACAUACACUAGACUGUUACUGGGGCCUUGGUUACAACACACUUAAAUUUCAUGUAUUGUUUUUUUUUUGCACUUUUCAUAGUGUUGCCAUGAUGAGAGUGUAAAAUAUUGUUUUAUUAUUACUUAGCAUAUUAUGUUGCAGUUUUCUUUUCUGUUUUAAUAAGAAUGUCAUCACAAAGUUCUUUUUCUGUAGGUGUUUUCUUGACUUUCUUGCCUUCACUCUUUUCUGUUUUCAGGCCUCUUGCUUUUAUUUCUUUGCCUCUGUAUCACAUGACUAUUUUCUAAGAAACCACCUUUACAAUAAAAAAUGUAAAUGUGAAAAUCA